CGAGUCGUUUCGUUGUCAGUUGUCAAAUCUCUCUUCUCAAGCCUACCUUUAGUUUCAACAAUCACUACCGAGGCAGUCCUAAUUUGGAUUUUGUAAUGUUAGUGCAGUGAUGGCUACUUCUUCAUUUAGUAAAGUAGACGAGUAUGGAUUCUCACGGCCUGAUGAUUUCAAUUACGAUGUUUAUGAAGGUUUUAUGUCAAAAUAUUUGAAAGUUUUGGCAACAAGGGCCAAAAAGUGGUCCAGUUUAUUGAAAAGCGGCAAAUCACUUCCUCGGAGUAAAACUCUAAAACGUUACAUAAGGAAAGGAAUUCCAAAUGAACAUAGAAGUGAGAUUUGGCAGUUAGUUAGUGGCGUUGAAGCUUUGAAAAGGGAACAUGGAAGAGACUUGUACAAGAAAAUACUGGAUGGUCCAAGACAACAAGACAUAGUAGACACCAUACUGACGGACCUGCCUCGUACUUUUCCAGAUAACAUAUUCUUUGUUGAUAUGAGAGAGGAACGGCCUUCACAGCUGUAUAGAAUUUUAGUCGCUUACUCUCAUCAUAAUAAGACUGUUGGGUAUUGUCAGGGGAUGAACUACAUAGCUGGACUGCUACUUCUGGUCACCAAAAAUGAGGAAGCUGUGUUUUGGUUACUGAUGGUUCUUGUGGAGCAUAAACUACCAGACUACUACAGUCCAACCAUGAGUGGUGUCAUCACGGAUAUCGAUGUACUGUCAGAACUUGUUAGACUAAAACUGCCAGCUCUCCACUCCCAUAUAACAAGACAAGGCUUGCCGUGGCCGUUGUUCGCCACAAAGUGGUUUGUGUGUCUCUAUGUUGACGUUUUGCCCGUAGAGACGGUGUUAAGGAUAUGGGACUGCUUGUUCUAUGAGGGCUCCAAGAUAUUGUUCCGAGUCGCUUACACGCUGAUAGCUCGCCAUAAAGACACACUCCUCAGUUGCCAAGACUUCGGCUCCCUCGCUGAGUGUUUCAAGGGAAUCACGAGCGAUUCUUUCACACUUUACUGCCAUGACUUUAUGGAGAGUAUUUUUAAAGUCCCAGGAUCCUUCAAAUUAUCAACUCUAGAACGUCUAAGGAUAGAAGAACUGCGGAAAAGAGAGGAAAGAGAAAAAUUACGGCAGCGAGCAACUCGAUAACAGACAAGACAUCUUAGACAAUUGAUCUAGUCCUCGCGCCAUCUGUAGCAAGUUUGCUCCUACAAUUUCACUUAUAACAUUUAUUUAGGUAUUGUAGACAUAAUUCAAUAGUUGAAACCAAAGAAACAUCUAAUGUGACAAGAGUCUAGAUGGGAGUUUAGCUCUAAACAUUGUUUAAUGUACAUCAAAGAUGGCCAUUAUUUUAAUUUUUGUCAUACUGCAACAAAAAAGGCUGUUUUAUACAUUGUUAAUAAAUAAAUUGACUGAAUGAAUGAUUGAUUGACAUGCAUUCCGGUUCUAAAUUAGCUCUUUUUCUCUUUAGGGCGAUAAAAAGUCAGUUGGAGUCAAAAUUAUCAGCUUUAUAUUUUUAGCUGUAAAAUUUGUACUCUGAUUUUGCUGAAGGAAAUAAUCCUGGUUUUUAUCAUUGUAAAUGUUUAUUGUUUUUAUAAUUGUUUAUGCUGCAUAUUUCAUUACGAAUAUAUUACUGUACUUUGUUGUCGUUUACAAAAAAUAUAUUGAAUUUCAAAAAUAAAAUAUAAGUUAUUGCGUUGGCGGGGUAACAAAUAUUGCAUCUAAAUAACAGUAACAACUUCUUGUAUAUAAUCACAAAACAAGAAUGGAAUAAUAUUUGUAUGUAAUCUAUAAAGGUAAAUAAUUUUUGACAUUUAUGUUUUUUUUUUCAACUAUUUGGCCUAAGAAUGGUGCAGUAUGACAAAAAAUAUAGUUAAAAUCCAUAUUUUAGCCCCUGAGCUUUUGCCCAUAAUAUGAUAACUAUAUUUUUUUACUAAAAAUAAUCUUUACCUUCAUCAAUCCAGCUCAAAUGAUGUAAGUGUUGGUUACAGCCGUUUUGGUAUUACAAUGCCAUCGUCAGACAACGAAAUCUCGCCUGAACUGAAACUACAAUUCAAUUCGCACUUUAUAUUCAAUAGCAUUUUUAUUUUAUAUCAGAAAAGGAACCCUAAGCCAGGAGUACAAAGUUCAACUGAUAACGCCACCACCCGGAGCACAACAUAGGAAUCCUCUAGUCGGCAUCUUGCUCGGGACGGGAACAAGUCAACCAUUGCGUUUAGUAUGACAGGCUUGAUUGUUUUUGUAAAUGUGUAAAUAUUAUUCGUAUUUUUCGUGUUUGUUAUGUGUUUUAACUUCAAUAACGCUACUUCAACCGAGAUUUCGUUGUCUGACGAUGGCAUUGUAAUGCCGAAACGGCUAUAACCAACGCAGUUACAUCAUUUGAGCUAACAUAAGGUGAAGGUAAGGUAAAGCCUAUUUUUUAGUAAAAAAAAUAGUUAUCAUAAUAUGGGCAAAAGUGUCUUUUUGACCCUUGCCGUUUACCGACUGAGGCGAAGCUUAGGUUGUUAAACUUGAGGUGAGGCCCAAAAGAGUCACUUUAGGUCCUAGUGUAAAAUAUACUAUUUUUAGUGAUAAGAUCUCUUCGCCAUACAGCUGCAAAAUAUUUUUUUCCUUGCGGUGCUAAAGUGUUUCUAAGAUUUAAAAUAAAUGCACUGGUAAAAGACUUCAACUAGGCCUAUGACCUUAUUAGUAUUUAUAUCAAUUUAAUAAGGCUGCAAACUUGUAUUGCCAAUUAAUAGUAAGACAUUGUAGUCAACCAAUUGUGCCCAUUAUGUAGAUAAUAAUGGGAUAGAAAGUAGUAAUUAUUGUUAAUUUAUCAUAGCUGCAUUAUUAUUGUUGAAAAAACAAUACAGUCAUCUUUCUGCUGUUCUAUAUAAGUGUAGGCCUAAUAUGUUAUAAAUGUUUACUUCUAACCUAAAUCUUACAGAAACAGAAGAUGUAAUUAAUGAUUACUUUUGUCACUGAUUUUUAACUGACAAGACAAAGAUGGGAGCUAUGUUUAAAGAAAACUUUUAAAGCAAACGAUUACAAUUUGAGCUAUAUCAAUUUGGACUGGUUAUAAAAUAUUUGGAAAAGAAGCAUUUAGCAAAAAACUCUUUUCGAGGCCAGAGAAAUCUUUUUGACCCACACCCAAUUCAAUUUUACCCAAUACUUCCUUUCUUUUUAGUUUGGAAAAUCAAAACUUUUGAUAUGUUAUAACAUAUUUCUCAUAGAUCAUAAUUAUUCAUAGUUUUUGAAGAAAAAUAACUUAUUGUGAUGAAAUCACAAAAUUAUUUUACUGAAGGCAGAACAAGGUAGUUCUAUGUUAAGUAUUAUCUUUCAACAGGAUGGUUCAGAAAUCAGAUUUGAGAUUUUUUUUACAAUCUUUAGGUAUUAGCCUGUGUUGUAUUGUGUGUUUUCACAUUUAUUCAAACUAAACGCUCAGGAAAACGUGCACCUCUCUACACAGUUAUUUGUUUGUUUUAUUGAAUCCUGUGCACUCUCAGCACUCAAAAGAUAUACAGUGGUUAAAACUGAAUACAAAUAUUGCCAAUAGGAGUAUAAAUCAUGCAGUUUUAUAUUUAUCCAAUAGUUUUAUCUUAAAAAGUGUAACUAAACUAUUACAAGAAAUUUGUCAUUUAUAAUUUGUUAUUAUAUUAAGAUGAUACUAAAAUGUAAGAAAGUACUAAAUAUUUCUUUACAGCAAUGCUAUUCAAGAUUAUGUGGUAUCGUUUUGUUAUACUUAAUUGCCAUUGUCAUCUGAGUUUUAUUGCUGUCAGUCACAGUAUUUUAAAACAACAGUGCUAAAUUAAUGACGAGCAAAUAUGAAUUAGGUAAUUCAAAAAGCACCUGACAAAUUCAAAGCUAACCCUAAACCAAGUGGCUUCUCUACCAAACACAUUCAAAUUACAAAACUAAAUCCUCCAGGCACAAUUUUACACUUGUCAACGAUCUGAGCAACAAAAACGGUCAUACUAGAGAAAGACUUUUUUAAGCUUUGAGCUUAACCCUGCUAGGCAAAAAAAUUUGUGUGACUGACACGACGGCAGUGACAAAAAAAUCUCAACUUUUUAACCUCAUAAUUAGUUGCUCUACAUUGUUAAAAUUAAACACGUAACCUUUUCUGUUUGACGUAUUCUUUUUGAGUGUUGUUAGUCACAGGAUGUAACGUAAUAGUUGUCUUGUUUUGUUUGGAUCUGAUGUUCUCUUGGUCUACUGUACAUGGUUUGCUGAGCAAAGGCGUCACUAGGCGAGGAAGAGCCAUCUCUCUCAUAAUCAUUGCUAUCUCUAUGUCGUUUGCCACUCUGAGAUUAUCAUGCUGAAAUACCUUUCUCACAAGCCUCGUAUCCAUCUGGAAAAUAAACAAUGAAAUAAAUAUUCCUUUUUAUUGAGAGUCCUUUUUUGUGACAAUACAGCAAACUUUUACUUCGGCAAUCAAGAGGUAGCCGGACACUUUUUACCUAGCAUUUGCCUGUUCACAUAGGCCUCAAGCCUGUGCAUAGAACUUACCAAGCAAAUUAAGGCCUGUCUUAGCUGGGCAACGACAUCCGCAUGACCCGACACAACCGGAACGGCAACAUCACAAACCCCGAAGAACGCAUGAACAUGUACUAGCUGGGUGAACAAAGAAACCACCACCUUAUUGUGCCGCGUUACUCACAUGACCAAAGUCCAACAUAUUUGUUUGUGAGAGGUUCCCCUUCUGUACUUAGCAUAUUUUGUACAGUGAAUAGAGCUAAUUUGUGAAGCUGUAAAUAUUUUUUUAAUGUCCCACCUUUACAUCCUAGGAUGCUAGUUCUAGUCCGGAACUGUUUUACACAUUACUUCAGGCUAGUCCUACAGAAAAUAUAUUGGAAAAUAUAUAUAUAUAGAAUAUUUUGCUGCUCUAUAAUCUCUAUAAUAACUACUUUAUUAUAAAAUGUUUCUAUAAAAAAAAUGCAAAAAUAGCAAUAAUUUGAGAUUUAUUGAAACAAAUACAGUACUUGGAAUAACCAAUACGUUUAAUUUUAACGUUAGAAUGGACUGCAAUAACCUUAAAAAUUAAAAUCCCACGGAACUAGGUUGGCUGGCUACCAAUGGCAAACUGGACUGGACGAGCCAUGCCAGCCAUCUGCAGAACAUAAAAUAAUAGCAGUGUCAGUCAGUCUUCUUCUUUACGAUGUUUUGAUGUAGUCAUGAUUAGAUUGUGUCAAGUUAUAGAUCAGAGGUCCAACUUAAACAAAAUGAAAUUUUUUUUACAAUGUGUGUGUAUUGGUUUAUCGUAGUUCUAAUAAUAGGCUAGGCCUACUGUGUUUAAAGUUUUCAAGACGAUUAAAAAGUGUUUAACAUGUUUGUUUUUCUAUAACAAUACUACGCUAUUUGAAAAAAAGGUUAUAUCAAAAUAACAUUAUUAUAAUUUUUCAUUCACUAUGUUUUGUUUAAAGAUAUAUUUUACAAGUAUUUGACUUCAUAAUAAGGUGACCUCCUUGUUAUCCGAGAUUCUUGGUAACCGAGGUAGUCUCUGUUACACAACCUUGGUUAAUCGGGAGUGUACUGUACUCUAGACUGCCUCUCAUGUGAUAUAACUACUAUACUCGUCCGGUAAACACCUAUUCUCCGGACUAGUAACGUAAUAUAGGUACUGUUUUACGGAAAAUGCAUUUUUUCCAAAUAUUUUGGUUGAAUGACAUUGCUGCCAUGGGUUCAAAGUCCGUCAUGCUACCAUGGGCGCCCAUAUGGGGGUGCAAGGGGGUGCACAUGCACCCUUAUGGCUGAAAAAAUAAGAAAUAAAUUGAAUACCCAUAAUGUUCUGUAAUUCUCAUUAUUAAUCAAAAGUGGGUUUUAAGAAAUUUAUAAAAGUACGCAUUAUAAG